AUGACUUCCGACACCCCUGCUUCUUCCCUGCUAACUCGCGAUCUAGCUGAAAUCAACAAAUUGGUGACGGAACAAGAUGACAACUCUUUCUACCAUCACCCUUUAUGGUCGGAGCGAUGGUCACACCCUGAGUUCAUAGGCCACUACUCAAAUAAUUGGCUUAAAGCUCCCUGGAUUAAACAGACUAAGCGGCGCACAACAAGAUUUCUGUACCCCUCGGUGGACUCUAAAUUCCCCUGGGGCUACAUCAUAUACCGAACAGUCUACACCGCCGAAUCAGAUGAGCUCUGGCCUAUCGCUAUGGAUAAACUGGCUAAAGUCAUAAAUUACUCUAUCGACUCUGAUUUUCUCGCCGAAAUUCAAUACAAGGAACCCGAGGAUCCAGAGCCAGAUGCAGACGCAGAACGAUUGGUGAAGGAAACGCAUAAGGACGUCAUUUUCUCAGACAAACAGUUUUGGGAUGGAGCAAGUACCGAGCAAGUUCGCCAACAUUUUUCUGAGUACCUUCGCGCAAGCAAAGGCCGAGGGACCGGUCGAUUCGAAGGCUGCCUCCUUAUUGAUGAGCGAUCACUGAAGUCAAUCGUUGCCAGUCCCGAUCCCCAGCCCUGGGUCAAGGGAAGAAGGACUAAGAAGCCUAGUCAACCUUGGGGAUUCAUUGGUAUGAUCGAUGGGCGGUAUCCUGAGAAUCGGUAUGAGCCGCGCUAUACCGGCUAUAUGCGGGUGGAAAUUUUUUCCUUGUGGAAUCUGUAUACUGCUUUGACAUUCAGAUACAUGCAGGAGCUCUGCCCCUCUGUUCCUGAUGGAUUGAUUCCGGUUUAUGACAGUGGAACUGGGAAAGCGCAAGACGAGGAGGGAAAUGUUUUCCCUACAGCAGCCGAUCGGACGACUCGAAUAUUUUGA